AUGGAACACAUUGGUGUGGAGGAUGAUUCAAGUGCAUCAAGUCCAAAUUAUUACGAUUAUGAUUAUGAAAAUACAAGUACUGAGAGUCCGGAUAGUGAAAGCUUUGAUUUAGGAAAUUCAAGGAUCGAGGGUUCAGAUUAUGGAGAAUAUCACGAGUAUUCUGGUUUAUUAGAGCCAAAAGAUAUUCAGAUUCGAGCUGGAGUGAAUAAAUUGGAUGAUGAUAACGGUAUCGUUUAUGAAGUCGAAAAAAUUAUCAUGCAUGAAAAUUACACGACAAAUCCAAAUGUAUAUUAUGCGGCUGACAUCGCAUUAAUCCGAGUUGCAGAAGAUAUUAUAUUCAAUGAUAGAAUACAACCAGUAAAGUUGGCAUCAUCAUCAUCAGAAGAUUUACUCCCCGUUGGUGCCCCCGUAGUUGUAACUGGUUGGGGUUACACUCAAGCAUGCAUGGAGGUGACCGAAGAAACAACAAACGAUUUACGUAUGGCUAAAAUGAUAAUUUAUGACUUUGAUAAGUGUCAAAAUGAUUAUUUAGAAGAACUGCAGAAAACAUAUCAAACAGAUGUCACUGAGAGUUUAGGAUCGGGCCUCGAUAGGGGAAUGAUAUGUUGCAUUGGACACAGCCACACUUGCAAGGGAGAUUCUGGUGGUCCUGUAGUCGAUGAAAGAGGAAUUCAAGUAGGUAUUGUAAGUUUCGGCUUCGUGGGCCUUCCAGACGUUAACACAAAUGUGUGGUUUUAUUCAGAAUGGAUCGCUAGCAAUUCCAAGAUAACAGAAAGUUAA